AUGUAUUCCAAGAUCGCCGCUCUUCUCCUUCCCCUCCUCGCUGUUGCAAACCCCGUCCCAGCACAAGGUUCUGCGACCGCGCCCGACCCAAGCCAGAUCGUCAUCAUCGACUCCUCCUACUCCGGUAACGGCUGCCCGCAAGGCUCCGUCUCCACGAGUACUUCCACCGACAAGACUGUCAUCACCUAUGGCUUCGACCAGUUCCAGACCUAUAUCGGCCCCGGCAUCCCCACCAAGGACAACUCUCGCGCCUGCCAGCUGCACCUGAACCUCAAGUACCCGGGCGGCUUCCAGUACGCCGUCGUGUCCGCUACCUACCACGGCUGGGCGCGUAUGGACAAGGGCGUCACCGGCGACUUCAUUACGAGCUACUACUUCUCGCAGGAUGCGGGUAAGACAUCGACAACCCGCAUGUCCGCCACCGGUGGUGGUGCCCUCACCAACGGCCAGGUGUACACCAAGCAGGACAACGUCGAGACCACUGCGGUCGUCUGGUCGCCGUGCGGCACCAACGGCAUCCUCAACGUGAACAACCGCAUCAGCCUGCGGUCCUCGAACUCGUCUGCUUACGGCGAGCUUUCCAACGAUGAUGCUACCAUUGCGUUCACACAGCAGGUGCACGUUUCGUGGCAGCCUUGCACGCCCAAGAGCGGAACCUCUCCCGGAGACACCAUCGGCAUUGGAAGCGUCGACGCUGACGUCGAGUUCAACUAA